UAGCAUUGAAGCUAACAGCCGGAGACAGUAAUGGCGGCGUCGGUGUUGCUGGCGGACAACACCGGACUCAACUUCACGGUUGGAGGCGGAAGCACCGGGAAUGUUUUAGUUGGGAGUAAUAACGGCGUGGGAGCGGCGGGCCCGGUGCCCUGGAACCGCUCAGUGGACCGGGCUCUGGAGGAAGCCUCGGCCACCGGGAGCCUGAACCUCAGCGGCCGGAAGCUGAAGGAGUUCCCGCGGAGCGCUGCUAACCACGACCUGUCCGACUGCACCAGGGCCGACCUGUCUCGUAACCGUCUCUCGGAGCUUCCUCUGGAGGUGUGUGUCUUCGUGUCUCUGGAGAGUCUCAACCUGUAUCAGAACUGUCUCAGGUCUCUGCCGGACAGUCUGCUCAACCUGCAGGCCCUCACCUACCUGAACCUCAGUCGGAACCAGCUGGCCGUCCUCCCCGUGGUCGUCUGCAGUUUGCCUCUGAAGGUUCUGAUCGCUUGUAACAACAAACUGGUUUCUCUGCCCGAGGAGCUGGGACAGCUGAGACACCUGACUGAACUGGAUGUGAGCUGUAAUGAGAUCCAGACUCUGCCGUCUCAGGUCGGCCAGCUGGAGGCGCUACGAGACCUGAACAUCAGGAGGAACCACCUGGUUACACUUCCCCCAGAGCUGGCCGAGCUUCCUCUGGUGCGUUUGGACUUCUCGUGUAACAAAGUGACCUCCAUCCCCGUCUGUUACCGUCGCCUCACACAGCUGCAGACCAUCGUCCUCGACAACAACCCCCUGCAGACGCCCCCCGCACAGAUCUGCAUCAAGGGGAAAGUUCACAUAUUUAAAUAUCUGAACCUGGAGGCCAGUAAGACAACACCAGACCUGCCGGACUACGACCGACGACCUCUGACCUUCAGCUCCUGUGUGGACGAGCUGUAUCCCGGUCGUCCGUACGGAGCGUUGGAUUCUGGCUUCAACAGUGUCGACAGCGGAGACAAGAGAUGGUCGGGCAACGAGCCGACAGAGGAGCUGUCAGAGCUGCCGCUGAGAGUAGCCGAGAUCAGCAGAGAGCAGAGACACAGACGAGAGGACGGCCGAGGAGGAGCUGCGCUGGCCAACGGGACACAUGUGGAGUUGGAGCAGAUUGACUUCAUAGACAGCUGUGUGGGUGAGGAGGAGGAGGAGGAGGGGAGGAGUCGAGCAGCAGCAGCAGCGGCGGCGGCAGCAGCAGCAGCAGGAGGAGACGGCAGCAGCCUCAGCUCACAGUUCAUGGCUUAUAUCGAGAGACGCAUCACCAGAGAGGGUUCGCCUGUUAAAACCAACUCAUCCAGAACAGAAGACACGAGGAGACACAACAGGAGUGUGGUGGACGGAGUGACGGCGCCCUCUAGCUCCCACAGUCAGAGAGGGGGGGGGCUCAGCUCAGGGGGGGUGGAGAGGAUGAGAAGGGAGGCUCAGCUCGCUGCUCUGAGGUACGACGAGGAGAGACAGAAAACACGCUCCCUGCAAAGAGACUCUGUCAACAGCUACAGCAAGCAUAAAGCUCAGAGUCCAACAAAGACCAGUCCAGACAGUGAGAACGUUUACCCCUCCAGACGCUCCACCCACACAGACGACUCCGCACUCUUCAUGGGAGAGGACCGGGCCGCUUUGUCUCCUACAGCCAAUCAGUCGCCUUCGUACCCCAGCUCUGGGGGCGUGGCCUCCUGUCGGACCGCCAGCGUGAGGCCGGAGAGCUUCCUGUAUCGCCUCGGCCAGAAGGAGGAGAAGAGGAGAGGUGACGCUGCAGCUGCUCCUCAGAACCAAGAGGAGGCUCCUGCUGCUCCGCCUCUGGUUGGAGAAGACGCAGAGCUGGUGGAGCAGCUCAGAAAGAACAUCGAGGCUCGCCUGAAGGUGUCGUUGCCUAGCGACCUGGGAGCAGCGCUGACAGACGGCGUGGUGCUGUGUCACCUGGCCAAUCACGUGCGACCACGAUCCGUCCCCAGCAUCCACGUCCCCUCCCCCGCAGUGCCUAAACUCACCAUGGCCAAAUGUCGACGAAACGUGGAGAACUUCCUGGAGGCGUGUCGCAGGAUCGGCGUCCCACAGAGUCAGUUGUGUCUUCCUCUGCACAUCCUGGAGGAGCGAGGGCUCCCUCAGGUGGCCGGGACCGUCGCCGCCCUGCUCGACCUGGCCCCGCCCCGUCACCCGGCAACCAGCAGCACCACGACGACGUCAUCGACCACAGCCGGACCCUCCGUCGCCAUGUAGACAACGCUAACGCCGCCGCCGCACACACUCAGUCUGUCUCCUGUUGUAGGAUCUGGACCUGAUGGAGACCUGAACGCAGCGAGGAUCCGAACAAACACACUGACACACGAGUAACACUAACACGAUCACAUGACAUCAGAGCGUCACGUGACCCCGCCUCUUAUGAUUGGACGAGACGGAUUUGUGUUUAACGAGUCCGAGAAAAUAAUUAAAUAUUAAAAAUUAAAACGACAGGUGAGAAAAAAGAGAUCAGCUGAUGAUUCAGUUUGUUUGUUUUUGGAUUUUCGUUUUUACGAAUUAAACCCAAAUUUAUCGUACAAGUUUCACACUCACGAACUUUAUCUGACGUUAAUUUUAUACGUAUUUAUUUAUGAAUCUACGAAACAAUCUGAAGCCAAAUGAAAUCAUGUUCAAGUUAAAAAUCUAAAAAACAAGAAAUUAGAAUUCGUACAAAUACGAAAAAACUAUUUAUUAUUUCUCUUCAUCCACACUGAACUGUAACGGAGCUCGAUGCUAACAGCUAAUGAUAGCUAACGUAGACGUACAGUUAUUAAUGACACUAAUCUGGCUCGCUGCUAACGAUACAGUUGGACUGGAAAUGACGCUAACGUAAAGAAAGUUACUGCUAACGUAAAACUGAAGUUUUCGUGGUUCAGAGUCCUACGCUAACAUACGCUAACAUUAUAAACCUAGUCGGUGUGGAGUUUAAGCUAACACGGCUAACUGUGGUUAACAUUAGUAACUCUGUUUGGAGUUGAUAACGCUAACAAUGCUAAACGCUAAUGAUGGCAAACAUAAACAACAUGAAACUUGAAACAGUUAGCUUCAAAUACUAGCUAACAUUAAUGUACUGACUGCUGAUGCUAACUGCUAGAUAACAUAAAUAUACAGGAGCGGGUUUGAAAAUGCUAACUUGUAGCAUUAGCUAACGUUACGAACGGAAUAUUUUUAAGUUGAGUAAAAAUCUUAAAAGUAAACAAAUAAUCUGAUUUGAGGUUAAAGAUUAGCUAACGUUAGCUGGGUUAGGGUUAGCAUAGACUUCAGCUAAUGGAUGUUUCUGAGCUUACGUUGAUAUGCUGUGUUUUGUGUUUAAGCUAACGUUGCUUCAUGCUAAUGUCAGUAAAGGUGGUUUACAGUUUACACCAAUAAUGCUAACAGCUAACGAUAGCAAACAUGGAUGUACAGUAAUUGUUUUAAACAUGCUAACAAUGCUAGCUGUAAAGUUGUAGCUAACGUAGCUUCAUGCUAACGUGGCUUCAUACUAACGUAGCUUCAUGCUAACGUAGCUGUAAUCAGUCGGAGCUUCAGUCGGUGUUUCGUGUCUCAACCAAAUACAAGAUAUUUAAAGUCAGUUUUGUUCUUUAUUGAGUUCCGAUCUUGGACCUGCGUGAUCACGUUUCAGUCGUUCUUCAUCAGAGCAGCAGUGAUGAUGAUGAAGAGGAGUCAGACUGAAGCAGAUGUUACAGUGACUGAAGGUCCUGAUUGGCCGAGGAGGAUCAGGUGUCCCGUCAGCGUGUCGUCGUGGAAACGGACAGCCGGCUGUUUUUUUAAUCUUUUAUUAAAUGUUUGUGUACAAAUAUAUUCUGUAAAUAUAAACAUAUAUAUAUAAAUAUAUAUAUGAGGCUGGAACGUGUUACCAUGACAACGCGGAGCAUCAUGGACGCUCAAAGUCCCGAAUCAAAGGUCAAAGAAACUUUAAUAUGUUUAAGAAACUGACAGAAAUCCAAAUUAACCUCAUUAAUCACCUGCUCACACCUGCUCACACCUGUUCACACCUAUUCACUUCUGCUUACACCUGUUCACACCUGUUCACACCUAUUCACAUCUGCUUACACCUGUUCACACCUAUUCUCAUCUGCUCACACCUGUUCUCAUCUGCUCACACCUAUUCACACCUGUUCACACCUGUUCACACCUAUUCUCACCUGCUCACACGUUCACACCUGCUUACACAUUUUCUCACCUGUUCACACCUGCUCACAUCUGUUCGACUCAUAUUUUGGAUCAUGAGACAGAUGAGCCGACGUCUUCCUUCGGAGCUGAAACAGCCAAUCAGAAAGGAGCUCACCUGCAGCUCGUUAACUCCUCGGAGCCGCUGAAACGAACUCCAAUGUUUUUUAUUUAAUUUCUGUUGUUUUUUUUAAAUAAGAGCUCGUGCUGCGUUCAGGUGCUGUGGGACAUACUGAUGGUGAUGGACUCAACUGGAGCUGUAACGAUAAUGAUUCAAUAAAACUUUCGUAAUAUUUUCGUAAACUCAAGGUGAAAAAAAAUAAUCUCGUGUGACGGUAAAAUGUUCAUAUCUCGGGUUUCCGGACUCCCUUCAGACGUCGCUGGAGCUGUCGGAAACACUAACGAACAUUUUUAACAAUAAAUUAAAAGAUACGAUGAGUUUCAGUUUGAUUCACGAGAUCACUAAAAAACUCCAUCGUCAGGUUUGAACCAAUCAGCUUCCAGUGAGGAGUCUCAAAGCUUUCCAAACCGUUUCCAUGGAGACGCCUCAGAUGGCAACGAAGCUUCAGGGUCAGUCAGAUCUCAGUUUGUUCCCGUUGUACCUGAACGCAGCACGAUGCCUUCAAGUUCCUCCCUGAUUUUUGACUCUCAGGCUGAGCUACGACCUGCUUUCAUGGUUUUGUACAGAUGUUUUUUUUUUCUUCUUCAUGUGUUUUUCUCCUGCGGCGGUGGGGAGGGGGGGGGGGUCAUGUGACGACGGCGCGGUUUUAAAGGACAUUCCACUGUUUUUACGCGGAGGACAAACAAGACUUUCUCACAGUUUUAAACUUUUUUUCACUUUAAUUUUUUUGCUGAGAAACUGUAUAAAAGAUUUGAACACAGCUGUAUGAAGAGUUGAGUUAAGUUUAAGUGCAUUAAAUAAAUAUUUUAAUUUGA